UCCUUAUUCAUUUGAUGUUUGUACACUAAAAAAGUCUUUCAUACAUUCUCCCACAAUUACUUAGCUUUCUAGUGUCACAAGUGUUAAUGAAAUCUGCUUCCCUGGUUUCAAUACAAAUGAUGUUCUAAAAUGUCUCCAGUCAAUGAACCCUUCUUGUAAUCCAGGACCAGAUGGUUUGCCUAGCCUUAUUCCUAAAAAAUAUGCAGAUAUCCUGUGUUAUCCUCUCAUGGACAUAUUUACUGAAUCUUUUUCGAGAAAUGUCGCGCCAGCCGUUUUGAAAGACAUUAAAAUUGUACCCAUACCUAAGUCGUCUACUGGAACAUGUAUUAAAUUCAGACCUAUUGUUAUCACUUCUGCUUUUCUAAAACCUCUCGAAAAGUUGCUCUUGCAUAUUCUCGAACCUUCCCUUAAGGUCUUUAACGAUCCCAAACAAUUCUCUUACAAGCAUAGUAGAAGUACUUUAGAUGCGGCUUCAGUCUUGCAUCAAAACAUUGUCUCCAGUUCGGACAAAGCGGUUAAAUCUGUUCGCUUCACCUUCCUAGAUUACACAUCUGCUUUUGACUCAUUACCUAGGUAUAUUGGUUUGAAUAAGCUUGCUGAAACUCAAACUGAGUGUUGGGUUGUCAACUGGCUGCAUUCUAAUUUCUCAGGAAGAAAGUAGUACACUGCAUGUCAGGAGAAGUUGCCCACUUCAUUGCUCACUGAGGCUGGUGUCCCUCGAGGCGCUGUCGUUUCUCCUUUUCUGUUUUCUUUCUUCUUGCA